CGAUUAUCGAUAGUUGCUAAAGAUGAGUGACUAUUAGAGACAGCUUUAUUGGUUAUAGGUUAUAAUUUUUUAAUCCGAAGUUUACGAGUUAAAAUAGUGAUAUUAAUUUAUGGCGCCAUUGUUUUAAUCAUAUUAGUGAUAAUAUAAUAUUUAAGUGAUUAUUUGUUUUAUUCAUAAGUUUAUUAUAAAAGCUAAGGUAUGUCGACGAAUGAAGGUAAUAUAAAUAUUGGAACAUAUUCAGAUGGAAGGAAUAAGGAAAAAAUAUUUUGCUCUUUCUGCCCAUCAAAGAUACUUAAUGCAGAAACUGCUGUUUUUGUUACAAUGGAGUUUGCACUACCGCACAUACAUUCUAAAGGAGAAGGCGAAGGCAAUCAACAAGAAACGAUCACAGAGUAUUGGUAUAUAGAAGAUAUGUUUGCGUUUGAAAAUAUUGGAGUAUCUCAUACAGUAGGAAAUAUAAAAUAUUUAGCGUGUGCAGAUUGUGAAAGAGGUCCAGUUGGUUGGCAUGAUUUAGCUACAAAGAAAUCUUACAUCGCUGUGUCUAGAGUUAAGCACGUUAAGUUUUAAGUCUGACUUUUAUAAUUUUAUAUACAAGAUGAAAAAAGUAUUUGUUGGCCUAUAAAAAACGUGAAAACUUAUAAAAAAAUGUUUUACCAAAGACAAGGAUGAUCAAUUAUCUAAAGUAAUUAAAAGUGUCUGUUGAGGAAAGGGAAA